GGGGUGCGCCCUGCCGCGGGGCCAGUGCCAGGUGCACGCCUCUGCCUUACACACGGACGGGGAGGAGGAGCUGGACGGGCAGGUUUCUCAGUGGGGCGGCCCCGCUCCCCUCCUCUCCCCUCCCCGGACUGCUGGGGAUAAUUAGUGUCUGUGCGAGGCUGUCUACCCCCGGGAGGCUGGGCGGGUGCGCAGGCACUGCGUGCCCGGCUGGUGAGCGGUGAUUCGCCCCGGCCCCUCGGCGGAGCCUCCACCCUGCGGGCGGGGAUCCGCCCGGCCGCGCUCCCCGCCGUGACCCUCCCACCGCCACUCACCCCGCCGGCCCGGAGAGCCUGGCAGGGCGAGCGGCGCCGGCGUCAUGUGACAGCGGGGCCCGGUGCCAGCAGCCCGGGGGGAAGGCGAGCAGGCGGGCGGAGGGCGGGAGCGGGGCGGCGGGCGGGCAGCUCCUCCUCGCACACACACCCGGAGCCACCGCCGAGGCGCCUCAGCCGCGGGGACGCGGGACACGCCGGCCUCGCGCUUCGGAGCCACCGGAGCGCCCCAAGCCCCCGCCACCUACCGCGGCCCCCGGCGCUGCGGGAGCCGACGGAGACCGGGCGCGCACCGCACUGCCCGCCGAGCAAAUCCAGAUAAUAAGAAGUAUUUGGCCACACAGUUUUGUGGAAAUCCAGUGAAUGAAAAACAAAGAAGGCUGCUGAUCAAUGAAGCAUUUUCUUGGGGUGCUAGUUCUUCAUGAUUCUCCCUCUGCUCUGUUCUUCAUGGGCAGGCUGGUCUGGUCUCUUCCUCCAGCACCAUGUCUGGACCUUUGUUCCUGCCCCCAUUCUUGCUUGCUUUGACUGAUUCUGACUGCUGUGCUGAGCUGGAGAGUUUCCUUGCCUGCUGCUAUUUUGGGGUUGAGUGCAGUUAAGCACUUGCUUACUUCCCAUUAAAGUCAAUGGAACUUUAGAAACACUUUUUUGCUGACUCAGAUCUUGAUGAGCAACUGGUCCAGUAAGUGAAAACACAUUACUAGCCCUGGAAAACUCUUUUUAUACCUUCCCUAUGGAAUGUUGGUCUCAGAAACUGGUUUCUCUCUGUCAAACUCUCUUUCAAGGCUCCACUGAAGAUGACUUCUCACCUGGGUUCAGAAAACCUCCCUACCCUUUUGGAUUUCAUCUAUGGCGAAUCUUCUGAUAGUACCGCUUCUCCUUAGUACCAGGAGAAGUUUGACUUGAGGCUCACAGGAGAGUUGUUUCAAAGCAACAGCCUGAGUCCCAGAGGGCUUGGACUGAAGAGCUUUGGCUGCAUGACUUGAUUGCUAGAUACCAACAUGCUGCAAGAGCUGCAGUGUCUUUACAGAGAGCACUCAUGCAGUGCUAAUUUAGCAGAUACCAUUAUAUUGUUCUGUAAUUAUACUGACAAUAACAGUCAUACCUUAAAGCUUCUAGACAAAGCCUCGCUGUACAUGUGGCAGCAUUCCUUUGCUUCCCCCAGGCACAAAGACUGAGGAAGCAAACCCCGUAUGUGCUUUCAGGCAGAGUGAAGAGAGGCAGAAUUUAUGGUCACCACCCCCGUCUGCCACAGGGUCAGGUCACUGACUGUUCUUCCAGGUAUUUAGUGAAAGCAGAGGCUUAUGUUAGAAGGACGCUUUGUUGUUGGAUGCACACAGUCAAAACUGGCCCUCUGCCCCACCCUUUCCUUUCAUAACAGGUUUGCAGAGUUGGUGGACCUUGAAGGUAGAUGUGUAGAGCUGCUGGGAGUAGCUGCACUGCAGUCGCUCUUUUCCAGCUGCUCUGCAGUGUGGAUGUGUAGUCUGGGUGCAUUCUUUAACCACUUUGCACGUUUCAUCUAGGGUAAAUAAUCCAUACAAGCCCUUAUUGUCUGAAUGCAUGUUAAGUAUCUUUAAGCUUUCAUUUAAUUAUGUCUUUGAAAUAAUAAACCAUACACCUGUCAGAAAGUUGGUGUCAAGAAUUCUUCAAUCCUGACAAGGUGAUAAACUCUAAUGAUAAUGAACUUCCCUUCCGGAAUAGAGACCUUGCUGUAUAUUGUAUAUUGGAUCAUAAGGGCAGAGUUUCUGUUGUUUCUGGCUUGCUGUCUUCACUGGACUUCAGAUAGGAGAGUACUGAGGGACUUUGCCUCGACUUUACCUUGCACCUGUCCUUAUUUGCAUACAAAAACCAAUUGCUUCAUUCGUCUUUCUGAAGUACAGGGUGUGAGCAAAAUCUUAUCAAAAGCCAUGUCCUGUUUGGACAAGUUGGACUGACUUGGCAGAGAUCCACAGGGUGGAGUGAAUGGGAGGAGGCAAGAAAGUAAAACUGGGUGGCUUGUUAGCUGAAAAAAAGAGAGAGCAAAAAAAAGAGAGGGUGGAAUGUUUGCCUACCGGAUUGCAGUUAAUUAUUUAGUUUCAGAUUACAUGCAUUUUAAAUUCUUUUACCCCACAUGAGUAAACCCUUUAAUGCAAAAUAGUUUACAUAAUAAAGUGAAAGACAAAGACCUUAUUUUUUAAUAGACUUAAUAUGAACAUAUUGUUGUUGCCUCACUGAUUUUCCAGAGCACCUCAGCAGUGAGAGAUGGUAUUUUGUUUUUCCAGAAAUUAGUUGUAUAUACUAAACAAUUUGCAGGCUUUCAAACAAAUACAUUCUGAAAUCAUGGUGUAAAGUAGAACCCAACUGUUUUUUCAUUCCUCUGUAAUAGAAACAGAUAAGAUUGUUUACCUUCCCUAUUGCCCCCUUCUCACAUGUUUAGGAGAGAGAGAUUGGGAUUUUUGGAGUUAGUAGGCAUGCUUUUACAAAUACACUGGGAAAAAUUACCUACUUUUUAGUAAAACUAGUAUGCUUUAUUUGUGUGUGAGUGUACAUGCAUGUGGUCCAAGCUAUCAAUUUGGAGCAUUAUUUUUAAAUACAAAGACCAUUGUUUUGUGGGUUUAUUUAUAGCCUUAGGAAAGUAUCCUUUUGAGCUAAAUUUUAAAUGCCAGAUCCAAAGCUGGUUUGUAAUGAUUCUGUUGCAGUCCAUCAAAUAAGAUCUGGAUGGACAGGACCAAGCAUUACAUGCUAAUUCAUUUUCCUUUCUUGAAAAUUGGUUUCCACUCACUAUCAAAUAGGCAAAAUAAAACCUGCUGCUUAAGAAUAACAUAUGAUAAAAAUGCUCGAUUUCUCUACUGUGAUGUGGUAAUAAAAGUAAGUUUUUCCUCUACUGCUCUUAUAUGACUGCACUUGAGAAAGAUUGAGAAUUAUUUUUCACUUUUAUUCAGAGCAGUACUCUUUCUGUUGUCUGUGUCAGUCUAAUUCCUACACAGUAAUUUAGAGCUAUCUCGGGAAACACUCAAAUGUGUAGCAUGACAUGUCAAAUGUAUAUCAAGUGUCUUUUCACACACUUUCUUGAAAAGGAGUAACUCUUAAAUUAAAGAAAUUCAGUUUUAAAAUUACAAAAAUGACAGAAAGUAUGAGCAUCACUGCAUUUACUUAGAAGAAACUCCUCUUUCUUUUCCCUUCCUUCCUGCCUUCCUUCCCGCCUUCCCUCCUUUCUUCCUUUUUUUCUUCUUGCUUUCUCUCUUUCUCUUCUUUCUCUCCUUUGUUUCCUCCUUUUUUCCUUCACUAAAGUACAAAUUAGUGUGUCACAUUAUCUAUGCACAUGCAAACUAAAAAUUGGAAGUUUUCUGAAAACUGAAGGAAUUAGUUCCAAAUUCUUAUAUAGGCAGUCUGAGUGGCUACAUUAUACUAUAAACAUUUUUAGUGUCUAAUAUAACUAGGAGUAUAAUUUCUUUCUGUUUUCACAUUGCAUAUAUAUGUGUGAGAACGAGUGAUGUAUAGAUAUGUGGAUGUAUUUCUGGGAAGACAGUCUUCUGAAACAUCAGCUCUAGGUAUGUGAAAUGUUAAAACCCUGAAAAAGAUAACUAGAUAAUGGUUAUCUAAAAUAUAACCAUUCAAAGAAGUAUAGUAUAAUUAAUAACUUUCUCACAAAUGUAUUUAAGGUAUUUACAGAAUUAUCACAACUUUUUAGCAAAUAAUGCUGAAGGUUACACAAUCGCUCCUAGACUAAAACUACGUAGUAAGUUUAAACUGGAAAUUACAUUAAGCUGUGUUAUUUGUUCCACUUUGGUUUUGCAAUUUGCUUUUGUCAGGCCUUCAACUUUUGUAAGAAGAAUUAUGAAAAUACUUUAAUUUACUUUUGCUACUUGUUUCCAUUAUUCAAAAUGCACACUGUUGUAAUAUAUUUUCAAAAGUCUUUAAAUGUUAUUUGUAUGCCUGAAUAAUUAAUGAUAGACUUGUAACAACUCAUGCCAUCUUUCUCUGGAAGCUUUUAAUAAAUUUUGAUCUAUAAACACAUUAAUUGCAAGAUUGUUCAUUAGUGUAGGCUUGUUAGAAUUUUUUUAAUUUGAGCAGCUCCAUCUUAAAAUGUUCAUUUACAUUUCUGAGAGAAUUUUCCAGCCACAGCUACAAAUCUGUUGGUGAGCCUUCAGCCUGUUCCACGGGGUGAAUUGCCUGGAUGGUGGAGUCUGUCUGUAUUUGCUUCUUUCCAGUGCCAUCUACUGGCCAAAAGGGAAUUGGUGUCGUUUAUUUUUGUCCUCACAUCUUAAUAGAGGUCAUACCACUUCCAGGCAGGACUGUGAACUGUAUGGGGUGUGGUCAGAACUUGCUCCUUUAACAUCAGUCAUAAUGUAUAACGUCAAGUGAUUUAUAAAAAGCUUGCCAACGUCUAAAUGUUAUUGUGAACAACUUUCCUUUGCUUUCCUUAGUUUCUACUCUGUACCCUUAUGGCUUUGCCUCAAAGAGGUAUCUCCUCCUUUCCUUCACAGCAUCUUUCCAAGAUGACCAUGACAAAUGUGUAGAAUGAUAGUAAUGAAAUGCAUCACACUAAGUACUUUAAUUUCAGGCAUUUUGAGAUUGGAUAAGAAAAGGCAGCUGAAACUGCACAGAAUGCAAGCAGAUUUUUUGAGGUGCUUUUCUUUUGCACAGUUAGCACAAAUAGUUGUUGAACUGUCACUAAAUCCAUUAUGCCAUGGAACUAACUGAUGCAUUUUUUUAUGUUGUCAUUGCAGCAUGUUGAAUGUAGUCCAAGUUAGUCCUGGAUUUUAGUUUUUAUUUUGCAUUGAUUAUCAGUAUCAUUGUAUGUGAACUAUUGAACGUUUCUGUUAGAACUCUUAGAAGAGAGAUAUCCUUUCCAGAAUCAGUUCACUUGUAUAAAGAAAAUUCUUCUGAAGUUGUAAUGCUGGUGAGAAAUGCUUAGUCUAAACUGUGAUGUGUUUAAACACUGACAGCUAAUGAAAGUGACAGUUCUGUGGUCUUGGUAUGCUGACAUGCACAAUAAAAUUCAAAUUAACUUUUGUUAAAUUGAGCAAAUGUCUCUUUGUUUCAAUAGCAGUUUGGAAAGAAUGAACUUACAAUAAAUAAAAUAUUUAAGCUUAGUCAAAUAUUUAAGAAUCUGUGUUAGAGAUUGAUAAGUAUUCACUUUAAUCUGACAAAAUAGUAAGUUCUCUACAAUUCAGAAAGUUGAUUAGGGUGGCUUUCUAACGCUUUGUCUUUGCCUUGCAGACCAGGACAUCAGAAGCAUCAGAACAGGUGAAUAAAAAAGAUGCUAAUGUUUGACCCAGUCCCUAUCAAGCAAGAAGCCAUGGAGCCUGUUUCAGUGUCAUACCCAUCCAAUUAUAUGGACCAAAUGAAGCCAAACAAAUACAGUGUCAUUUAUUCUACACCAAGCAUGUUGCACAAUAAAUUCUACUCCAGCCCUGAAGGACUAUCAAAUGGAAUCCAGAUGGAGCCAGUAGACCUUACGGUAAAUAAACGGAGCUCACCACCUUCGACUGGAAGUUCUCCAUCCCCACUAAAAUUUCAGACUGUACAUAGGAGAACUUCACCUGGAUUGACUCUGUCCUCACCCAGCUCGCCUCUCAGUAAAUUCACACCAUCACCCCCAGGAGUACAGCCUAUUUCUAUGCCAAUAACAAUCCCACCUGUAAUGGCUGCUGCUCUUUCACGCCACGGACUGAGAAGCCCUGGAAUACUCCCAGUUAUACAGCCUGUUGUGGUCCAGCCAGUUCCUUUUAUGUAUGCUCCCCAUCUCCAGCAACCCAUCAUGGUGUCCACAGUUCUUGCAGAUGAGAUGGAAACUCCGAGUAGCAUGCAAGUGCCUGUCAUUGAAUCUUAUGAGAAGCCUACACUGAAGAAAACAAUCAAAGUAGAACCAGGAAGUGAACCAUCGAAGACUGACUUCUAUCCUGAACAAAUGUCACCUCCAAUGAUGACCUCAUUGUCUCCCCAGCAAGUAAUGUUGCAAGAGAAUCACCCUUCAGUUAUAGUUCAGCCAGGAAAGAGACCUUUACCUGUGGAAUCUCCGGACACACAAAGAAAACGUAGAAUACAUCGAUGUGAUUAUGAAGGCUGCAACAAAGUCUACACUAAAAGCUCCCAUCUGAAGGCUCACCGAAGAACCCAUACAGGUGAAAAACCGUACAAAUGCACUUGGGAGGGAUGCACAUGGAAGUUUGCUCGUUCUGAUGAACUAACGCGGCAUUUCCGCAAGCACACAGGAAUCAAACCUUUUCAGUGCCCAGACUGUGACCGUAGCUUUUCCCGUUCGGACCAUCUUGCUCUUCACAGAAAACGCCACAUGCUAGUCUGAAUGUCUUCUGUCCCUGACUCCUGUCACACUUUUUUUUGUUUUUUACACAUGCAUUUUAAUUUGGAUUCAGCUGGUCUGGAUCUCUGAGUUUAUACCAUUAAAAGCUUACAUAUGGUCAGUAACAGAUGUUAUCUAACCCUCCUAUGUCCUUGCCACGGGUCAGACCUAAAGAAUGUGAAUACUUCUUUUUUUUUCUCUCCUGGGGAUGCUAAGCAAACCCUUUCUACAUUCAGUAUGUUUAAUGUAUUCCAUUUGUGAAUAAGGGAAUUUGUAAACUAACGGCUUUUGUUGGUUUCUUCAUAUAAUCAACCCAGAAUAUACUGAUAAAGUAGUAAAUGUUAUUGA